AUGAGAGCGAGUGAUGGCAGAGAAGCGUUUCUUGAGGUUGUCCCAGAGAGAUUUGGCGGAGGAGCAACCGACUGUAUAAGGGAGAACAGACUCAGAGAUGGCAGCAUGGAGCCAAAUUUUGCAGGGAUGAGAGUGGCGAUGUGGUGGGAGGGAAUGGCAGAAGCCGAAAAAGGAGAGAGAGAGGAAGAGGAGGAAGAAGAGGAGGAAGAAGAGGAAGGAGGAGGUAGAGAGUCAGAGGAGGCCAUAGGAUAG